GCAGAGGCUGAUCUUUGCAGGCAAGCAGCUGGAAGGUGGCCGCACCCUGUCUGACUACAACAUCCAGAAAGAGUCCACCCUGCACCUGGUCCUGUGCCUGAGGGGUGGCAUGCAGAUCUUUGUGAAGACCCUGACUGGCAAGACCAUCACCCUGGAGGUGGAGCCCAGUGAAACCAUCGAGAAUGUCAAGGCCAAGAUCCAGGAUAAGGAAGGCAUCCCUCCCGAACAGCAGAGGCUGAUUUUUGCAGGCAAGCAGCUGGAAGAUGGCCGCACCCUGUUUGACUACAACAUCCAGAAGGAGUCCACCCUGCACCUGGUCCUGCGCCUGAGGGGUGGUGUCUAAGUUCUCCCCCUCAAGCUUUCAGCACAUUUCAGCACACUUUUCUUUCAAUAAAGUUCUUGCAUCCCC